CAACAAUCUGAUGAUCUAGUCUUGCAAUAUUAUUGUUAUUAUUGUUAGCCACACCCACAUACAGCGAUAGCAAGUUCAGUUCUCUAUGUUAGUUUAAAAUCCCGGAAGGUACUUUCUGUUUUGUCAAGGUUGUGCUGUAGAUGAUGUAUCAGUGGUUCGAGCAUUGCAACAGUUAACUAAGAAGUUGUGGCUUUAAAUGCCAGUGAAUGCACCAACCGAUAAGAUCUAUAGCUUGAAUGUAAUGUAAGUCGCUUUGGAUAUAUGCAUCUGCUACAUGCGUAAAUGUAGAUCACAGGUCAUAAUCUACAGCACAUCCGUAAAUGAAACGGAACAUUUUUUUUACUUUUUUAUGUUACUUUUUUUACGACCAUGGAUUUGUGCAUAUUUUUCCUCUUUCAUCUGCUGUACUUCGUUGUGAACGGUGUGUUUGGUGUUGAUCCAGAUCAUGUCAAGUCAGUGACGGAGGGAGAUUCUGUUACUCUACACACUGAAAUUGUUAAACAGACAGAUGAUCUGAUCGUGUGGUAUUAUGGACCUGAAAACACAGUUGUGGCAAGAAUCAAUGGGGAUGACAUUAGCACCAUGUAUUCAGAUGAUCAGAUAUUCAGAGACAGACUGAAGCUGAACGAUCAGACUGGAGAUCUCAUCAUCACACACAUCACAUCUCAACACUCUGGACUUUAUACACUGAGGAUCAGAAUCAACAAUGAAGUCUCAAACAAGAUCUUCAAUCUCACUGUCUAUGCUCGACUGUCUGUUCCUGUCAUCUCCAGAGUCUCUUCUCAAUGUUCUUCAUCAUCUUCAUCAUCAUGUUGUUGUGUGUUGUGUUCAGUGAUGAAUGUGUCACAUGAUGUGAGUGUCUCCUGGUACAAAGGAAAGAGUUUAUUGUCCAGCAUCAGUGUGUCUGAUCUCAACAUCAGACUCUCUCUACCUCUGGAGGUGGAAUAUCAGGAUACAAACACAUACAGAUGUGUGGUCAACAAUCCCAUCACAAACCUCACACAACAUCUACACAUCACUCAACUCUGUCACACGUCUUCAGUGUCUCCUAACCAGCGCCUCAGUUCAAGGACAACUCUAGUUCUCUCUGUGUCAUUUUCUAUCUGCUUCGUCAUCAUUUGUAUCAUCAGCAUCAUUGUCUACAUAAAGAGAAGAAUGGGAUAUUGUCAGUCGAUAAAAACAGAAGCAUCUAUUUCAGCAGCACAUCUGAAGACCAAGAAGCCUCAAAGUGUCUGAAUGAAAAACAACACUUGUAAGCAUAUUUUUGCACAAAAAAGUAUCCACCAAACAUCAUUAUGUUAAUGAAAUAACCGUAUGUGUAAAUUUCCCACUUUAUCACAGUAUGUUAAGCUGAUUUAGAAUAAGUAAGUUUGACUCUUGUGAAAUAAAACUGAUAGAUAGGUUUUAAACUUUUUUAUAUCAUUACUGUAGUUUUAAUAUAUGUAUUUUACUGUAAAAAAUGUGAUUCAUUCUUGGCAAUAUUUUCAAUGUAAACAUUUUUUUAAGUUAUCUGCAGCAUUAAUGAAUUACGAGUUGUUACUGUUUUACGCAAUGCAUUGUGGGCUUUGUUUUUUGAAGAAGCACUGGCGCUGAUGUUUUGAGUUUGAGUACGAGUUUGCCUGUCAGUGUUUGUAGUUCUCAUUAUUGAAAUAUUUGUGAUCAAUUGUAAUGACUGGAUAUAUGUGGAAAACAGAAAAACUCUUUUAAGAGGAGAAGAGAGGUAUUUGAAUAUGACCGCAGCGAGAAGCAUACGGCGCCGGACACAAACUUGUUCGUGGCACUUAUGAAAUGUCAAAUCCUUUGAGAAAUCUUUGAAAUGAACUGCUGCAAGGAGUGGCUCUUUUAAAACUGGACUUUUAUAAGUGAGUUAUUAAGCGCAUUUAUAAGCGCAUUAAACACGCAAUCAUCCAGAUUUUCAAUGCUUUAAUAAGGCUGAUUAUAGUUAAUAAUUUGUUUGUAAAUCUUAUUAAUCAAUAAGUGUUUUCAAUACAAUAUACCUUAACUGUAGCCAAGAUUUUUUACUUGUAAAAAUAUUUACAUGCUUUUACUCGUUUUUUUGGGGGGGAUGAUCUUGGUUAUAAAUAAAUAUUUGCAUUAUUUGCAUA